UCCUUCGUGUGAGACUCAUGGGUGUUUUAGUUGUUUCCUGCUAACAUAGUUAUUGUUGAAUAUGACUUUUUAAAGUCACAUGUGUUGUCCGGUGCUGCAGUCCAGUGUGUCUCAGACUGUGGAUUCUAAUCUCUACUAUUAUUGCACAAGUGAGCAGGUGACAGGUGACAUUAAAUUAUAAUGAAUUAAGAUUCAAUCUAUAAUCUAUCUAUAAUAUCUCCAUUGGCUACCUGUUGCAGCCCAAAGCAUCAAAUUCAAAUCCUAAUGCUGGCCUACAAAGCUGUCUCCGGUUCUGCAGCCACCUACCUGAAUGCCCUGAUUGAGACAUACGCUACCUCACGACUGUUGAGCAGGGACCUGAAGACCUGAAGGCUCUUCAGAGAGGACCUUCUCUCUAGCACCACACGACAGCUCUACUCCUUCAAGAAUCCUCACUAGACCUAGUCUGCUAAAUGACUAAAUGUAAUAUAAUGUAAUGUAUAUAUUCUGAUCAAUAAAUGAAUCCAAUAAUAAUGAUGCCAUGUGUGAAAGGUACACUAUUUGGAUUUAUUAAGAUCUCAUUACUGGAUUAUAUGAACUGCUUAAAGUCUGAAAACCCAAAACACUAAUCCACCACUUUAAUGUCGAUCUGUGUUUCAGAUUUGCCUUCAGGUGUCCAGAAAGUGGUCAUACUCAAAAAGGAGUAACAGGAGCAGAGCUGCAGUCAGAACCAGGAGGACCCAGAGCCCCCACACAUUAAAGAGGAACAGGAGGAACCUUGGACCAGUCAGCAGGGAGAGCAGCUUCAAGGGCUGGAGGAGGCUGAUAUCACCAAGGUUACAUCCACUCCUGUCCCUGUGAAGAGUGAAGAAGAUGAAGAGAAACCUCAGUCUUCACAGCUUCAUCAAACACAAACUGAACAAUUGAAAACAGAAGCUGGUGGAGAGGACUGUGGAAAACCAGAACCAGACAGGAACCCUGAUCCAGAUCCACAUUUACAACCUGAUACUGAUGACGAGACAGGAGACUCUUCUGAACCUGAGACUGAUGACAGUGCUGAUUGGAAGGAGACCAGAGAACCUUGUGCUGAAAUCUUCCUGCAUUUUUAAUAUGGGAGCCAAUGGGGCUGUUGGUGCAUGUUGGUGGCGCAUCUGUGCGUCCCACACCCAAACUAUAAAACUGACAGCUUUACCAGAGGAUUCAUCAUUAUCACACUCUUGAUAAUCAUGCCGGACAAAGGCUCAGCAUCAGAAGGAUGGAUCCACAAUCAAAAAAGUUCAGCAGCUCCUGGAGCCUUGAUCACAGACUCAAAAAUGAAGCUUUGUUUCUGGGAAGCAAAUCUUGGUGCUGCAGACUCAAGAGUGGUUUAUACGAUGAGAUUUUGGAUAAGGCAAGGAUCUGCGCACAUCCGAGAGAGGGGAUAUAACGGGAUAAAGCAAGUGAAAAGACAAGAAAAAGAAAGAAAAAAGUUACUGCUGUCCACGCAUCGUCAUGUCGAGGUACAACUUCUUACUGUGCUUGAUGGUGCUCAUCUCCCUGGGACAGUCGGGGAGCGAUGAGCCCAAUCUGCUGCUGCCUUCUGCCAGCGAGACGCCCACGGAUGCCGGGCUGUCCCUGCUGGAUGAGGACGCCGGUUCUCACGAGUGCUCCGCCUGCGUGUGGAGGGAGCAGAGCAAAGUGCUGAGACUGGAGACCAUCAAGUCCCAGAUCCUGAGCAAGCUGCGCCUGAAACAGGCGCCCAACAUCAGCCGGGAGGUGGUUAAUCAGCUGCUGCCCAAAGCGCCUCCGCUCCAGCAGCUCCUGGACCAUCACGACUUCCAGGGAGACGCGUCGUCCCAGGAUGAGUUUAUGGAGGAGGAUGAGUACCACGCCACCACGGAGUCCGUGAUCACCAUGGCCUCUGAGCCGGAGCCCCUGGUGCAGGUGAACGGGAAGCCGAGCUGCUGCUUCUUCAAGUUCAGCCCGAAACUGAUGUUCACCAAGGUGCUGAAGGCCCAGCUGUGGGUGUACCUGCGACCGCUGCAGCAGACCUCCACCGUCUACCUUCAGAUCCUCCGGCUGAAGCCCGUCACAGAGCAGGGCAGCCGCCACAUCCGCAUCCGUUCCCUGAAGAUAGAGCUCAACUCCAGGGUCGGCCACUGGCAAAGCAUUGACUUUAAGCACGUGCUGCAGAACUGGUUCAAACAGCCCCACACCAACUGGGGAAUCGACAUCAACGCCUUUGACGAGAGCGGCAAUGACCUGGCAGUUACCUCGCUGCGACCCGGGGAGGAGGGGCUGCAGCCGUUCCUGGAAGUAAAAGUUCUCGAGACGACCAAACGCUCUCGGAGAAACCUCGGCCUGGACUGCGACGAGCACUCCACCGAGUCCCGCUGCUGUCGCUACCCUCUGACUGUGGAUUUCGAGGCGUUCGGCUGGGACUGGAUCAUUGCCCCCAAACGCUACAAAGCCAACUACUGCUCCGGCCAGUGCGAGUACAUGUUUAUGCAGAAAUACCCACACACCCACCUGGUGCAGCACGCCAACCCUCGAGGCUCCGCAGGGCCCUGCUGUACACCGACCAAGAUGUCCCCCAUUAAUAUGCUCUACUUCAAUGACAAGCAGCAGAUCAUUCACGGCAAAAUCCCAGGGAUGGUGGUGGACAGAUGUGGCUGUUCUUAGGCUGCAGGGGAGACACACACUUGUGUACAGCCACCAUCGCAUCAAACCACCCAAAACCCUUACGGAGCUCUCCCCUGGCACCAGAACCCACUCCUCUGCACCAGAUUUCACUUUUGCUCAGUCACAAAAUCAUCCCACUGGGUUUCCAUUUUUCCAGUAAUUAAAUUGAUUCUUACUGUAAAAAAAAAAGAAGUUAUAAAUGAAAGAUGAAUCAAAAAAGGACUGAGUGAUGGAAAUACAGUACAUUAUGAAUGAUUUAAAGAGGUUGUCCUUGUGGAGGAGCUUCAAAAAAAAAAAAACGAUAAAUGAGACAAAAGUAUGUUAUAGAGUUUGUGCUAGUUUUGUGGGUUUUUCAAGUCUUUUUUUGUUUGUUUUUUUAAAAGGCAUCUUUGUGAAACGUCCAGGUUAGUGGAUUGAGAUGACAGGAGACAUAAGCAUUUACAAUAUUUUUUUAAAGCAGUCCUAAGGUGAGUUUGGAAAAACGUAAUUUUACAGAUGUGCUUACUUACGGGUGAGAUUUGAUUCACAAAAAAUGUUUGCAAGGGGGGCAUGAUCAGAAUUAUUCUGCAAUCUAUCACUUUAACAAAAAGAACUAAAUCCAUGCUAAUGUGAGGAGGGUUUACUGUUAGAAAUACUCUUAGUAUAAAUCCAAAAUGUUGUUUACAGAUGUUAGAGAUGUGUUCUCGAGAUGUAAAGUGUUGAGGAGAUCCAAAACCAAACCUAUACCCUCUAUUAAUGUAUAACACCCCGGUGUGACAUUCUCGAGUAUCUACGAAACCUUUCACAGUUACUUUGAUCUUUUUUUAUUUGCAGUCUUGUAAAACUCAAAAAGGAAAAGGGAAAGAAAAGGUUCUACUCUUUUAAAGCGGACAAGUAAAACCUGUGUAGCUAUUUCUGCCAUUCUGCAAGAGUAGAUAAGACAGAUUUAGGUUUCACUUCCACACUAAAGUCUAAAAAAACUAAGUACUGUAAUGUAGACGCACUCUAAAGGCAUUCGGCACUGCCUGGUUGAGGAGGAGGAGGAGCAGGAUCCUGCAGGAUGACAAGAACCCGACACAUUUUCUUUCUUCUGCGUGACAAAAGGAAAAUACAGUCUAACACCUUCAACUUUUGCAUUAAAUAACAAGUAAAUGCACUGUUUCAUAACUUGAAGAGGCCUGGGACUGAGCAUGUAACGAACAUAAAGCAAAAAACCUGACAGAAAUGCUCAAAUGUUCACCCUGCUGUGAAUUAUUGAGCUGAAAAUAGCAAACAGGAUUACAGUAUUAUGACUAGAAGUUUACACACACACACACACACACACACACAGCAUGUACAGCAUGUGUGUUAAAAAUACACUUUAAUUUAGAAAGAGCAGCAGCUUCAUUACUCACGUUGAGCCAGUUCACUCACUUCUUCUCGAUACUAGUUUCAGAAAAAGGAAAAUAAAAAUGCAAAUCCUUUAACUGCAGUACUGUACUCAGAAAUAAUAGCUUUUUAUAAAUCACAACAAACCACAUAACAAGCAAAUCAGAGAAUGUAACUCAACCAGUGACUUUAGCUUGUAUUUGAUUGCGUUUUGAAAUGCCCCCGUCCACCUCCACCUCAACUGUAUCGUCAUUAUCAUGAGAUAUUGUUAGUGCUUGAACACAGAGUAGAUUAGUAACGCUUGAAGUCUGUCUUUGUCUCCUGGAUGUCAAAGCAAAGAUAUCCUUUUGUUGUAAACGAAAGCACUAUGCUGUUGGAUAAAGGAAGAGCCUUCUGACAUUAUAUAUAAAUGAUAUAUGUAUAUAUUUAAAAAAGGGGUACAAAAACCUUUUUUUGGGGCACUCUACCUUACCAACAAUAAAUUUUGCACUAUGGGACGUUCAUGGCGUGAGGAGGUAAAGUGUUGUUUGUGUUUCGCCAAGCACAAAAGAGCUUGUACAGUAUAGGUUAAAGAAGAAAAAACUAUUCAAGCUUCUGGUGAUAAACCAUGAACUAGAGAGGUUAUCACUUCUUUUUGAUACCAUCACGCUUUCCUGACUCUUGUCUGAAGCGGGGGCCUGUCCAUACACUCACACACUUUUAUCCAAUCUGGAACCUGGACGUACUGUACCAGCGGCCUGAAAGGCCUCCUGCCCACUUUGGGUGAUAAGUCAUGUGUAUAAUAAGUGUCUGGAUCAAUGAACAUAGAAUGCUUUAACUGGAAAUGGCCCGCCCACCAACUUUAAUCUGUUACCAUGUUAGAGAGACUACGUCCUUUUGACUUAAAGGGACAGUUCACCCCAAGUUCAAAAAUACAUAUUUUUCCUCUUACCUGUAGCAUUCUUUAUCAGUCUGGAUUGUGUUGGUGUGAGUUGCAGAGUGUUGGAGAUAUCAGCCAUAGGGAUGUCUGCAAUCUCUCGAAUCGGCGCCAACAAAAAUAUAUUUAAAAAACAAAAAAGUAAUUUCUCUUUCCAGAAAUUAUGACUUAAGAUCAUCCACAGACCUUGUUGUGAACUUUUUUCUUUCCAAUGUUAGAGCUGGGGCUCUUAAAGCCUCCCACACUCUGCCCUGGUUCUUUUGUUCUAGACCUGGUUCUUACAAAAGGCUCAAAACAACUGAAUAGAGUUUACCAUGUAUUGAAAGAAUAAUAGCCAAAUGCAAUGAGCAGCGCUGGACUCUGCUGUGUCCACGCUGGGAUCACAAGUCAGAGUGCCAAAACGUUCUUCAAUUCACAGUUUUCUUCUGGGUGUGGGACCCACCCCGACAGUAGGUUGGACUUUAUCACAAUUGGUCAAUUUUGGAUGGUGACACAGUAGCCAACCCAUACUGGACACCUUGUGAUAACACCCGCUAACUGUAUCCCUGCUCAGAAGGAAGCGUGCACCUUCUCAUGGACAAGAGACUCCUUCUCAUGACAGCACAAGAUGUAAACAUUAAUGUCAUCCUCCCUGCCGGAGCUGAAAUGGAAUCUUGCUUUAGUUUAGCUUCUUCUGUGUUUAAAACAACCCCAUAUGUCGUUGUGUGUACAGCAGUUUUUUACAAACCAUGUUAAGUUUAUUGUGAGCAGUGACCUCUAGUGGCUGUAGCAAUUAAAACAAGGUGGAAGUGAAGAUAUGGAGUAUAAAGAACGCCAAGGUACACUUUGGGAAGGCGGGAGGGGUGGUGCUUGAGUCAAACAAAGACUGGUGUUUGUGUCCCAGUCAAACCAAAAGUCAACAUUUUAUGGGUUUAACCUCCAUGCAAAGCUACAUCACAUUUUACGUCAUGUGUUUGUAGCCUAUUUAACUACCACAACUUCCCUAAAUACUUAACAUCUGGCAGUAGUUAAUUUUGGUAAAACUAUGUUUUCCUACACAUGAGAGAGUAGUUUUCCUGCCUAAAUCUAAGCAACAGGAGACCAUGUGACGACAUUAAUCGGGUGUUUUAAAAUAGCAGCAGGAUGCGUUGAUCUCCUAAUUUAGGAAACACUCCUGGUGGUCGUAUUAGAGGGUGGGAACAAACAAUGUAUGUGGUCCAGUGGUUAGUAACAGGGUUUUGAUUUCUGGAAAGAGACAAUGCUGUUGAAUUUUUCAGAUGUAUUUUUUGGCAAGUGCCUUCUAGCUCCAUUAUAUGUGAGAGAAGGCAGACCUCUCUACAGCUGAUAUCUCCAACAACUGGCAACUCACACCAAAACAAUCAAGACUGAUAAAUAAAGCUAUGGGUAAGAGAAAAAAAUAUGUAUUUUUGAUUCAAGGGUGAACUGUCCCUUCAAACAAUGUGUCGACUGACAUGUUUUUGCCUUUGUGUGUAUUUUAAGUGAAAGCACCCAUGUAAGAAUGGGAGGAGUAUCCAGGGAUUGUUAGCCAAAGUAGAGGAUGACAUGUGUGCUGUAACUUUUGUGAUCGCAGGAAUAUGCUAGAACAUUUCAAAGGGAGGAAAAAGCUGGUUUAGGGGCAGUGGUUGGAAAUAAUUCAACUGGUCAAUUGUCUAUUUAUUAAUAUUAAUUACAAUGCAUUUCAAAGUCUGUCUACCUCACUUUAGCCUCCUAAAAACCUUGCUUUUUUUAAUUUGUCAUCGAUUAAUCUGUGCAAACAUUUAACCCAUAAGAACCCCCUCCCCCCCCAAAAAAAAAAAUGUAGAUGAAAACCACAGGGUCCCCUUGCUCUCAGGUUCAGAUUGAGUUAUUGACAGAGUGACUGAUGGUAGCGGCUCUGGUAAUGUGUGGUCAAAAGAAAUAAUUAGCUGUGCCCACAUCUAUGGCUUGUUGAGAAGUUGCAUUUUGAAUUUUAGUGUUUGUAUACUGGUAUGUGUGAGAGUGUUUUCAUAUAAAUAUAUGAGAGUAAGAAAUCUCUAUGUAAAUACCUACCCAAAUGUUGACAUUUAUGAUGUUUUGGACAGGUUCGCCGCUUCUAAUGUUUUUCUCACUUUCCCCCAUCAUUCCUCCAUUCUUUGUGUAGUUUUUUUUUUUUUUUUAAAUCACCCCAACUUUGUAGUUUAAUGGUUGUGCAUAUGAAUAACUGUUCAAUUGUUAUUUUUGCCUUUUGUUGUUUAUUUACUGUCAUUUUUCUUUUGUACAAUAAAUCAUUUAUUUAGCUUA